AUGCAGGAAGCCCUUGAUCUAGUUCCAGAGAGGCGUGGAUUCACUUGGUUUCUUCAACUGGGUGAAAACAAAAGCUAUGUGGCACGAUUGGCGCCGUCAGCAGUGGGUAUUAUGGGAUGGGGUGACGGGGCGGUGGUGGAAGUGGUAGAAGGCACGACAUUGACCCUGGAGUGUGUGGUGACUGAUGGCCGCCCUCCUCCACAAGCUGCUUGGUACAGGGCCGGCCUACAGGUGGAUCCAGCUAUCCAGGUAGACAGAAUCGAGCCUUCAACCUCACCUAGAAGAUGGACUGUAACGAGCCAGUUGAGAGUCACCGCUCUGGCUGCUGACGACGGUAGACUGUUCUCCUGUCAGGCCGUUCAUCCCACGCUGGAGAACGGCCCUACCUCCCUCGUCGCCUCCGUCACCCUCUCUGUGUUGCACACACCAGGACCUCCCAUCAUCACAGGAUACGACCCCUCAGAAGUCCUAUUAGCUGGAGAAAGAAGAACUCUCUCAUGCAAGUCGUCCGGGGGUAAUCCACGACCCUGGGUGUUGUGGUACCGCCAGGGACGACUACUAGACGACACCACGACCACCCUACGUGCUGGCGGUGGCGUGGACGACCUGGAGGAGGUACAAGGGGUGGUGAACGACCAUGAGUUAGCGGUGACGCCAGGGGAGGACGGGGCCGUGUAUGAGUGCCGGGUUACCAGCGAUUUACUGGAGUUUCCCCUCACGUCUAAUGUUACCCUCACUGUCUACUGGGUAUAA